CCUGCGGCCACUUUAAGAGAACAACACUUCCUGUUUGUGAGGAGAACUUUUCUCAGGGGGGGAGUUUCACAGCUGUCCCACUUCACUACACACAAACACACACACAAACACACACUCUGUCACAUCGAGCUGCAGACUGCUGGGACUCACACACACACACACUCACACACACACAGACACACACUCUGUCACAGCGAGCUGCAGACUGCUGGGACUCACACACACACACACUGACACACACGCAGACACACACACUCAGGGGCUCAGCGCAGGUACCGGGGACUCACCUGCAGCAGCGCCGCGGUGAGGACGCUGCUCAUGGCCGACACUGGCAACAUGUCCACGGGGAUCCGGGCCAUGUUCUCCCUGCUCACACCCGGAGAGUCCUCGUUCCAGAGGCUGGAGGACGUCCCGAACUAUGUGCAGCAGGCCACUCCUUACUUCAUCGGGCUGAUGGUUCUGGAGAUGGUGGUGGGCAUGCUGAAGACCGGCGCCACGGUGGUCACCAUCAGCGACGGCCUCACCUCCAUAUCUUCUGGAAUGAUCUCCAGACUCCCAAUGUUGCUGGUUCGAGGCUGUGAGCUGACCGCCUACAUGUUCGUGUGGGAGCGGUUCCGCCUGGUGGAGCUGCCCUGGGACUCCGCCUGGACCUGGUGGCUCACCUUCCUGGGGGUGGACUUCUGCUACUACUGGGUCCACCGCUGUGCUCACGAGGUGGCCAUCCUGUGGGCUGCUCACCAGGUUCACCACAGCUCAGAGCACUACAACCUCACCACGGCCCUCAGGCAGUCCCUCACCCAGCAGCUGGCAUCAUGGAUCUUCUACAUGCCCAUGGCUCUGGCUGUUCCUCCGUCAAUCUUCGCUGUUCACAUCCAGUUAAACCUGCUCUACCAGUACUGGAUCCACACGGAGCUCAUCAGUGACCUUGGGCCUCUGGAGUGGAUCUUCAACACACCGAAACACCACCGAGUUCAUCACGGGAGGAACCUUUACUGUAUUGACAAGAACUACGGAGGAAUACUGAUCGUGUGGGACCGAUUGUUCGGUACCUUUGCUCCAGAGGAGGAGAAGGUGGUGUACGGCCUGGUCUACCCCAUCAAAACAUUUGAGAUCCUCUACGUUCAGUUGCACUACUACUCGUAUUUGUGGAACACGUCCAAAACGUACCGAACCCUCAGCCACAAGCUGUCCACCUUCAUCAAGGGCCCGAGCUGGAAACCUGGGAAAUCUCGUCUGGGAGACUACGAGGACAAUCCCAAGGUAACUGGAAAGGAAGUUCCCUACAGCCCCAGCUGGCCGCUGCUUCUACAAGGUUACGUGGUCGUUCAUUUCCUGCUGGUGCUGCGGAGCUACCACGACCUGUUUGAAAACAAGGAGAUGCUGUCCCAGCUGAGCGUUCUGGGGAUGACCAGCUACAUCCUGCUCACGCUCACCGCCCUGGGCUUCCUCAUGGACCAGAGGCCGAAGGCAGCUGUCCUGGAGAUGCUGCGCUGUGUCCUCAUGGUGGCGAUGCAGAGGUGUGGGUAUCUGGCUCCGCUGCUGCCCUCAUUGGCUGUGCCCACAGAGGCCUUUGUCUCCCUCUCUCUGCUGUACUGGGUACUGCAGAGCGUCUCGCAGCUGCACAGCCUCAGGAGGAAAACCAACUGAACUCUAUGUCACUGACGGAUUAGUCACGUGUUUCCAAUCAGUGGCGUCCAUCAACUUUCUAAUGGAGAAUUCAUUCAUUAUUUAGUUUAUGUUUAAUUAUCACUAAAGAACUAACAUAAAAUUAAACCAUAUGAUAUAGUAAACAAAUAACUAAAUAAUUGUCUUUUCUUGUUUAGAAUUAAAUAGUUAUAUUAAUAAUGAGAACUAAUAUAUUAAGCUGUUUACUCUGAGCGACUGUGUAAAGAAUCACUUUCAGCUUUAUCUAUAAAACAGACAUUAUACCUCUGCCUUUUAAUUUCACUGUUCACCUGCAAUAUUGCACAACACUGUACAGUUUAUAUUUGUCCACGUCUCAAUGCAAUCAUACCGUCGUCAUUUCCAGCUUCA